GGAAGAUUACAAGUGGUAGUCGAAAUACGCGUAUCUGUCAAAGGAUAAGCAACAUAGGGCGGAAUUAAAAGGUACGAAACUGAUUACACUCAUUCAUAGAGGGUAUUCUGCUUAGAGGGUUCGAAAAGUCGGUACAAGAUCAAUUGGUUGUGUUUUCUAAAAAGCGGAACCCAGCCCAACUGAAACUUAAUCUUUUGGGAAUAGAAAUCGACCAGUAUUUGACUUCGAAAUACCUUGGGGUCUGGUUUGAUUCAAAAGGCACUUGGGGUACCCAAAUCAAGUAUUUGGUGCAAAAAUGUCAACAAAGGAUCAAUUUUCUACGCACAAUUACCGGUACAUGGUGGGGUGCUUACCCGGAAGACCUCAUAAAACUUUACAAAACGACUAUUCUCUCUGUUAUUGAGUAUGGCUCUUUCUGCUUCCACUCAGCAGCAAACUGUCACCUAAUAAAGCUGGAACGAAUUCAAUACCGUUGUUUGCGUAUUGCCCUCGGCUGUAUGCACUCAACGGAUAAUGCGAGCCUGGAGGUCCUGGCAGGGGUGAAACCCCUCCAGAACCGAUUCUGGGAGCUCUCGCUAAGGUUACUUAUCAAGUGUGGAGUGAGCAACACACUUGUUAUUGAAAACUUCGAAGAAAUGCUCAGUCUGAACACGCAGUCAAAACUCAUGAGAAUCUAUCUUUUCUACAUGUCAUCUGAUAUAAGCCUCACAGGUUAUAAUCCUCCUCGUGUACACUUCACCAAUGACAGUUCCUCUGUUAAAUACGAUCUGGCCAUGAAACAAGCUGUUCAGGGAAUACCAGAUCAACUUCGGUGUAUAUCUAUUUCUCGCAUUUUUAACGAAAAGUACCAAAAUGUCAAUUCCUGUAAGAGAUUCUUCACUGAUGGGUCCCGCAUCAAUGGGCCUACUGGCUUCGGUGUUUUCAAUGAAAAUUCCACCGCCUUCCGAAAACUUCAAGAACCUUGUUCUGUUUAUGUUGCAGAGCUGGCAGCAAUCGACUUCGCUUUGGGGAUGAUUUCCAACAUGCCCGUAGACCAUUUCUUCAUCUUCUCGGAUAGUCUUAGUUCUAUUGAGGCACUCCGGUCGAUGAAACCUGUAAGGCAUGCAUCUUACUUUCUUACAAAAAUAAGAGAGCAGAUGUGUGCACUGGUCGAAAGAUCAUACAAGAUUACCUUUGUAUGGGUCCCCUCUCAUUGCUCAAUUUAUGGCAAUGAGAAGGCGGAUUCUCUCGCAAAGGUGGGCGCACAGGAAGGCGAGAUCUAUGAUAGAAGAAUUUCACAUGAUGAAUUUUUCCAUUUAGUUCGCCAGAGUUCUCUUCAAAGUUGGCAACAUGAUUGGCGAGAUGACCAACUGGGACGGUGGUUACAUUCGAUUAUUCCUAAAGUUUCUUUGCGAGCGUGGCAUUACGGUUUGGACGUAGGUCGAGACUUUAUUCGCGUAAUGUCAAGACUUAUGUCAAACCACUACUCGCUAGGCGCACACUUGCAUAGAAUAAAGCUCGCGCUCAACAAUAUUUGCACUAAGUGCGGUUCCGGUUAUGAUGACAUCGACCACGUAGUUUGGCAAUGCCCGGAUAAUGACGCCUCCAGAGCACUACUAUUGGAUACCCUUGAAGCCCGAGGUAGACAACCCUUUGUUCCAAUAAGGGAUGUGUUGGGAACCCGCGAUCUCCCCUAUAUGCAAUCCAUUUAUUAAUUUCUCCGCUCAUCUGGUAUAAGAGUUUAAUUCGCUAGUGUUUGCUUCUCCAGUUUUUUCUUUGCUUUGUCCUCCUCGUGUUGCUGUCCGUUCAUCUGAUAUAAAAGUUUAAUUCGCUUGUGUUUUCUUCUCUAGUUUUUUUUUUCUCUGUUUUGUCCUCCUCGUGUUACCGAGCUGCUCCUGGCCAUCCGGAAGACCAAGCCCUUCAACAAGCUGGUUCCAACACCACAAGGCACCGAACACGUUAGCAAAAUGCGAUUACCACCCGGAUGAGCUGCAGUAAACCUUCGGUCCAGUCCUCACCCUGUCCAUCCUGCAAAAUGUGACCUUCUAACCUCGAGCUGCCACGAGUACCCUGGCAUCCACCCAUCACUAACAAACAUGAUUGAAAAGUUAUUAUCUUGUACAUAGUAUAUUAUUAAGUGCAAAAAGAGAUCUUUGGCUCCGUAAAGCGUUAUACGCGAUUGAGCCCCAAAUAAAUGAACUAGAUGAAAAAAAAAAUGCCCAGGCACGCGUGGAUGUCAAAUUAGCUGACGAUAGUGCAUGUCCCAGACAACCAGUAAUCGUAAAAAAUGUUGCAUAAAUAAGAUGAUAAAGUGGAAGCCAUAUGCGUGCAUACCUCCAUUUAGGCGCAUGUAAAAUGUACGCAUAUUGCCUCCACUUUAACAUCUUAUUCAACAUCUCAUACAAUCACUGGGUGACUGUGGUUACACAGCUAAACCUAAGCUACUGUGGGGCCGCACAACAGUUGUGGCAGACAGUCUCGGAGUCAUGCACAGUAGCGGCCCCUAACUGCAUCCCUGCCGACAACGGAAAUUGGAUAGCAGAUAAGACUAAGCUAGCGGCGGUCUGUACAACCGGUCAGUUUUCCAGUCCGGGAAAUAAUUUCCACGUUGAACCAGGGCUGCGCAAUAGCGAAGGUCAACGGGGUGUACUAUUGCAGUUGUUAUGCCCUCCCAGAUGACUGAUAGAUCAGUUCUCGUCCGUGCUAGAUCCAUGCUAUCAAGCGUGGUUAUCGAUAGAAAUUUCAACGCCUGGGCGGUCAAACAAGGUAGCCGCCCAACUAACGCGAGAAGUUGGGCUCUAUUCAAAGCUAUGGCUAGACUGAACGAGGAUGUAUACAGACCUAUUUGUCUUUUGGACACCACCGGGAAACUGUUGAACCAGAUCAUUCUGCCGAGACUGGCCGUCUAUACCGAGAGGCCAGCAGAUUCUGUGAUCUCGGAUAAUCAGUUCUGCUUCCGGAAGAGUAAAUCGACCAUGGACGCUAUUAGAGCUGUGACCAAAAUAGCCGAGAUAGCACUCCAAAAGAAGCGAAGGUGAAUCUGCUGUUGUACGAUUGUCACGCUAGACCUCUGAAGAACACGUUUUACAGUAUCAGCUAAAGGCGCCUUCGAUUGCUCCAUACAUUACCUAGCAGUUCUGGAUUGCUCAUGCCCGAUACUGGAGUGCCACUUGAGAGGCUUUACGUUUUGUCGAACUAUGGAAUCUUGUCAUGUAAGAGCAUAAUCAACCAUGUGCCAAAUACGUUGUCAAAGGCUACAUUGUGAUUCUACGUUUGUGUCAAAAAAUAAAAAUAGUUCACCACUGGACUAUCGCUCUAGUUUUCAAGAGUGCGAAAACGUAAAUAAAAGUGCGCGAUUGCAACAAAAUCAACUCGGUAUGUUCAGAGCACUUAUUCAGCAUAAAGCUUUUAUUACUGUUUUCGCACUUAUGAAGACUGAGUGCGCAGUCCAGUGUUGAACUAAAUGCGCAAUUUUUUUUUAUUUUUUUUACACAUUAAGAUUGCAACACUUCAGAAUGGUUCCGCACGAUACAUUUUCCAUGACGUAAAAUAACUUCCGUCUUGUUUUUCCUCCUUCCACCGAACCUAGGCGCUUUCGAACAGAGGGCAUGCCCGAUGAGUCAUCAUUUAGCGUGAUGGCUUUCAACGUCGUCGGAAAUGGGGGAAUCAUUUGAAGAAGACAUGCGCUUGAAACAUGUUUUUACAUGAUUUUAUCAAUCUUACUGCUGGAGGUUGUAUGACUAUCUUGAAUAUUUGCUUAUUUGGACCUAAAGAAUGUUAAAAAAUAAUCAAAAGAUUUCUCUAACAAUCGAUAUUUUGAUCAGUUAAAAUUCUUUACACUUGGUAGUUUGUGCAUAUCAGCUCUACCAUUUGUUACUGGUUUACAGCUUUUUUGUAGUCCUAGAGUUUCAAAUCAUAAUUACUUUGCGAAGCCUUGUCAAAAACAUUCGUAGAAUGAAAUACGAGUUCGUUGCACUCUAAGACGAACCCAGCAUCCAGAAGAUUGUCAAAGCCGGAAGGAUACGAUAAGCAGAGUAUGUUGCAAGAGUGAUAGAUAGCAUCAAUGCAAAGAUUGUGUUCGUUUUGGAUUGAGAAUAUUUAAAAAUUGUCAAGUUUUUUUUUAUCUGAAUUAACGAGAUUUUUAGCCCUAGGCUUUAGUUCAUCUCGGGAGCCACGGCGUACUUCCCUUCCGAAGGAAGAACUCAUAUUUUGAGAGUUUGUCGGCAGGGGAUUCGAUCCCAGGUCUUUGGCGUGAUAGUCAUGUGUUUAAACCGUGACAGGUUAGCCCAACUCAACGGUAAUCACAUCAAUGAAUCAUCAGUUCAUUUCACGGGAGAUAAUAAUCCGUGGGGUGAAAGAAAUUGAAAAUAAUAUCCCAGCAGCAUCUUCUAACUAUAAGCACCCUGCCACAUCAAUCGCGUAAACGCGCGCUAUAUGUACCUACCUACCUAUCGAGGUACGUAUAGUAUUCAGUCUCGCCCGCGGAGCCUCACCGUCUUUCAAAUCUCUGGUUGAUGCCGGAUUGAUGCGCACAACCGCAAACGUAAAUAAAACAAUCAGCCAGUGCCAUACACCAUGGGAGUAAAUCGGCCUUGUACGCUUCGACUGAGAUAUGAAAAUGCCUUCAUGCUCAUCGAGAAGUAUACUUAUACGAUUAGUGCCCAAUGGAUGGAUGCGCUUUUUGUGAGGGUAUAGGAGAACAUCAUUUUAUGUAUAUUUAUCAUUCGCCUAUGGCAGAUGAGCUACGACUGCGAUGCGAGGGGAUUAUAUAAACUUGAUAAACGAUUUACUAGUUGAAUGUGAGGAGAAGAUGGAAGACGAUUCUGGUGAUGCGUCAAAUUUUAAGACCUGCUAUCAUCCGAGUUACUGAGGCUGAGCAACCUUGGUCUGGUACUGCCGUGCCGCCACGGCGAACAAAAUUUAUGAACCGUAUAAAUUAACGUUCCUCAAAUCGUUCAUGUCACUAUUUAUAAACAUCCUAAAGGCAGAGACAGUCUUGAACCUGGCACUAACAUGCACGCGGAAAAGGGAGAAAUCAUGCAGUUACCCACAUACCAAGAGUAGUCCCCUGCCAGACCAUAAUAUGCUCUAGCUAGGUUGGUUGGAUAAACUUGGUUGCUCUUAUGGAGUGCGUGCAAUAAAAAUGGAUUUCAACCAUGACGACAAACGCCCAACAAGGCCAGGAUGAGCAGCAGGUUGGGUAUAGGAAAAACUGGAGAAAACAAGGCCACUCGAAACGGACCUCCGGUGGUGGUUUAUUUUUUUCUCAUUAAAUUCCACUACUGUGUGAGGCACGGUGAGCAGUAAAUCUGUAUGCACUUGGAAACUUCAGAAGGUUCAAAGUAUUCAGCAUAGAUUAUCCUGUAGGUAAUAACGAUGGACGACUCACAUACUACAUAUCAAAUCAAUAUAAAAUGAGAAGAUAUAUAUAGACUGGUAAUUACCCAAGUUACAUUUGGAUGACCAAUUACUCUUGUACAUGUUUUGAAACCCUUCAUAACACCUAAUAAAUAUAUUUUAUUUUGGAUUUAUGAUGGUUUUAACAACCUCUUCUAGUCUUUUUGACUAGAAAAUGUUGUUGGGUAGGAUCCACUACAACAAAGCAAUAGGGCCCUAAAGCCUUGUCUAGAUUCUUGGUUUGAAAUCUCAAAACAUCGUCCAAAAGUACAUAUUCAAGCAUUCUUUGCUGUUUCAAUUGGUUGUUGUUGAAAAUGUUAUAUCAUUAUAUGUUCUUGUGUCCUACCUUUAAACAGAUAUAUUGUGAGUGAUUUUUUUACCCUGUGCGUAUCUGCCGAUCGAGUCUCUUUCUAAACAAUUUCCUAUUAAACCUUGCGAACCUGUCCAGUGUUUCUUCGGGAAAAGUGUCUGCCAGCGUCGUGAGUGGUUUUCCAGAAUCUACUAUGAUGGAACUGCCUCAGCUUCGGUAACAAAUAGAAGAGGUGUGGUUCCAAAUUCAGCUGUUUUUCGUGUCCCACGGCUCGCUUCUGCACGAUUCCGCUUCAGUGCAAGUAUCCGCUACUUCAGCCAUCCAAACAUGUACAGUCUGAUUAACCGUGUCAUCGAAUCCCGGUACUUCAACGGAUUCAUUGAUUCAACAACUUCCCGCCCUUCCCCUUACCAAUCUGUGAAUGCAUCGAGUUCCCGUCAAGUCAGCAUGGCAGUCCAAACUGCAUGUACCUACCGUGACAUUACAGGAAACGAUUGUUCUCAACAUCGUCGAUGAUCACGGCAUCACGGACAAGGCACGAGUGCAGGCAUCGGAUCAUACGCAGAAGAUUAGUAGUGCCGCUACUGCAAACAUCAAGUCGGAAGAUCGAACGAUUUCGAUGACACUGCAGUCGUAGUCUCAACUACCAGAAAUGCUAGUAGACAUCUUGGCAUGGAAAUUUUCAAACGUGUAGCUAGCAUAUCCCUAGUUCAGUGUUCCCGGUACUGUUGACCUCGUCAUCGGUAGUGAAACCGAUACUAAGAACUCCACACGGGACAGAAGAUUUAUUUUGGUGUUCUUCCGUGGAUAGUCGAAACUAAUGCAUUUCACGUUUCUGCCGUUGAUGAUCGACUGGAAGCCGCAAGUCCUGGGAAACAAUUCCAUCAGGACCAAUUUGAUCGUCCGAAGAACACCGCUGUAAAGAGCGGUACAAGCAACGACAACCCGCGAUGCGACAACAAGGUAAAUCGUUCGCCCUCCAAAGACCGAUCAUUCUGAAAAGGUUCUGGGAGUAUCCAGGUCAAUUGCCGAUAGACGCUUUCUGAACGCCGUCUUGAAAACGAUUCUGCAAUCAAGGACACAUAUGAUCGGUUCAUGGGCGAGUACUUGCAUCUUGGCCACAUGCAGAAGGUGACAGAUCCAGGUGAUGAUCGUAUUCCACACUGCUUCAUUCGCCACCACCCACGUCGUAUUCAAGUAAUCAGGCACGACCACAAAGCUCAGGGUAGUCUUCGACGCAUCAUGCAAGACCUCGUCCGGUUAGUUCUUGAACGACACGCUUCUGGUUAGACCGGUUUGUCAACGGGACCUCUUCUCCAUCCACUUGAGGUCCCGGACGCGAAUCAUCAUGUGGAGAAGAACCUUCUGGCAAGGUGCGAGUUUAUUGUACUUCUUAACGCUUGGACGCAAGAUUCUGUGACCAUCCCGAAGAUCUAUCAUCAGGAUCAGUCUAUCCGAUCCCAUCGGGGCGCAUGAACUACAAACAUUUACAUAUGGCACCGCAACGGCACCGUAUUUUGCAACGAGAACACUGCAGCAGAUUGCCAAGGAUCAAGCGGAACUGCAUCCCGCUGCCGUCGAACCAGUCGUGGGAGAUUUUUACAUCAACGAAGCUGCUGUAAUUCUCCGACAGCAAGCCACCGUUAUGCUUCAAUCCACUGGUCUCACCCUAAAUAAAUGGGCGUCGGACGCUCAGGAAGUGCUGCUGGAAGAUCUGGACAUUGAACCGCUUCACGGCGUACAGGAUGAGCAGGCAUUCUUCAAGCUCGGUUUGCUGUCGGAUCCGAAGGAUGACAACCUUCAAUUUGCUCCGACCCCCUCCUACAUCCGGCCCUGAGUGUCAUAUCGAUGUUGUUUAUUGAGUUCUUUCCUUGUCAAAUAUUUGACCCUGUGUACUUGAGGCCUUAGAAAUUGAUCCGUUGUCAGCGGCAAACCGAGUGAUAUGGCGGCAAAUUAUUGUUUCAGUUUAACCAUGAUAUGAGGUAUGUAAUACUAAAUAAAGAAAUUAAAUGUAAACAUUUAUUGUUUCCAAUUCUCCUAACAUUCCUCUGUGUAAACUCAGAUUUAACAUGGACCAGGCUUUAACCAGUCAUACAAGUAGGCAGCGUAUACAAUCAGCACCAACGCAGCAACACCGUGCCGUAUCAAACAACGGUAUUGCUGAACGGUUAAGCAAAUGUACCACCAUGGCUCCCUUCGACAUCGAUAGUAAAAUUACGUGCUAAAAAGCCUAUCCAAUUGCUAAACAAACACUUUGGAAUGCCAAAUACCCUUACCCUUUCUCUAUAGUGACAGCUUUGGUUUGCUGAUCGAUUGCGUGAUCGGGUAUGACAAAUGCUAUUCAAAAUGAACUUGGGUACAAGUGUAGUUAGUACGUUUCGUUUGGAAUUAUGCCCUCUUUAGUACUAUCUACCUUUUGACACCUUUCGCGCUUUAAUAACAAUUAAUUUAAUUUUGCUAACAACUUUUGUUCGAAAAAAAAUGCGCAUUAAUCAGCACUUUUCUCGGUCGUUUUUUUUUCGGGUAAACGAUGUAAGUGACACGACUGCGAAUAAACUAUGCGCAUAAAUUCAACCUUCCUCGCAAAAGUCGUUGUGGUCGUAGCCGCGUCUCGUCGCUGUCUUUCGUCAAAAGACGGAGGCGUUAGGUCGCAUUUUGGCGGAGAACUUAAAAUGUGGCAAGUAGUGCCUCUUACAACUGGUGCAGUUUUUUUGUUUACCCAGCUGAGUACAACUGUUUAACUUUCGACCACAACAGCACACCGGCCGGUUGGGGGCCUGUAGCAGCAUGGUGGCAACAGUUUUGCGUCGCAAUAAACAAGGUAAUUACGUACAAUUGAAACAAAUUGCCGCCCUUUUUGUACGGCGUGGUUUGUGGAUCGCGUGGCCCAAGUGAAAAACUUGUUGAGUUCUGUCGGAUCGUUUAACCGCAACAUGAAUGACUAAUAGGGGAGCAACGAGUCGUGUGCAAGUAUAGUGGUAUAUGAUAUGCAUGCGGCGUCGGUGAUCAGUAUGUCUAGCCGCUAUCAUAGUUGAAUGAUUGAUGGAUGUCAUAAAAUUAGUCUCGUUUGAGACAUAGGUAUGUUUCGUGAGACAAGUUGUUGCUGACGUAUCUCAAAUUUUGAUAGCCUUAGGCGAGAUGCUCAGAGAGAAAUAUUUAUGAAAUUGAGAAUGCAUUCAUCCGAAGCUUAUGCAAUUGAUAUUUUUUUAAAGACACUACGCCGUCUUCAGCCAGAGGCUGCACAUACUGAACAUUACUAACACGAGACAUCACACAUAACACCCAGUGGCCCAAUGGAGAAUUUUCCGUUUGACGAAAAGUUUUCCCCGACUGAAUCGGGAAUCGAACCUGCACUCCAUGGCUUACGAAACACCUAGACGACUCUUUACUAGACGUGUGCGCCGCCGCGCCGCGCCACGCCGAUGAGAAAUCGGCGUGAAUCAGCGUGCGGUUUCCCAAGUCAACAAGAAUCAAAUAUACUAUUUUUUAAACGAAGAUUGAUAAAGGGGUGUUUUACCCAUGCACUGGUGGAAAAAAAUUAUGGUUAUGUUGUUUGAAGCCGAUCCAGGAAGCAUCGGCGUGUCGGCGUGGCAAUCGACGGCGUGAAAACCGCACGCCAAUAGGCGUAUCCCUUCUCAGAAAGGCUACCAUCAUCAAAACCAGAAAAUUUCUGCAGCAGCACAUAGCUAGAUGUCCACUUGCUGUAAUCCAAUCAUUAGAAAGUAGUUAACUUUGUUCAUAAUUAGUUAAGAAGCCCCACGCCGAUGCACGCCGAGUUCACGCCGGAUAUUCGGCGCACACGUCUACUCUAAACAAGUGAUAGAGAUAAUAAACACUUAAAAACGACUGUCAGAUUACACUGCGGCUUCAGGUAUCAUUAGGUCGGCUUCAGAGGCACAUUCUCCUCCAUUUGGGAAAUUUGUGCCACUGAGGUUUACUACUAAAAAUUUCGAUUUUUUUUCCCUAUUUUCCUUCGGAGUAAUCCUCGUAAGAAUUCUGUGAAAAUUAUAUGGAGGAAUCUGGUAUCUAGAAAAUUUCCGAGAGAAUUCCUAGGACAAAAUCACUUGAGAAAUCCCUCAAAGAAUUCCGGAAAAAAUCCCUGAAGAAUUAUCUGAAGGAAUCCCGGGGUGAUUAUCAGAAGGAAUUCUUGAAAGAAUUCAAGAGAAAUUCCGGCCUUAAUCACUGAAGGAAUCCCAGGAGCAAUCCAUGAAACGAUGCUGGAGUAGUCUCUUAACCCUCCAGCAAUCGCGUUGUUGUAAUUUGUACAACACGUUGAAAAAUCUCGCUUUUUGUACUCAACAUUUGCGUGGUGCUGGUGAGGGUGGCUAACCGUGCGACUGCAGGAAGGUUAAAGAAAUCAACAGGAGUCCUUGAGAGAGUAUUGGAGGAAUCCAGGAAAGGAUCCCAGAAAACACUGGGAACGACCUCAGAUACAAAUUCUUAAAGAAAUCUCGAAAGGAUUCCUAAAGAAAUCAUUAAAGGAAACUCGGAAGGAUUCCCUUAAAAAUCUCAUGAAUAAUCCCUAGAGGAAAUCCGGGGAAAAUCACUGGAGGAAUUGUGGGAGAAAUAUCUGCAGGAAUGUCUGAAGUAAUCCACCGAAACAGUCAGUGAUAAAAGGAAACCCAACAGAAAUACCUAAAAUGAACUCCGGGGCAAUCCUUUAAAAAAUAACGGAAAGAAUCUUGGGAGGAAUUCUCUAAAGGAAUCCCGGGAGGCCACAAUGAAGGAAUUCCGGAAGAAAUCCCAAAAGAAAUCCAUGAAAAAAGAAUGGGAGAAAUCCAUAAAAAAUCUUUGAGUAAUCCAUAAAAAAAAUAUCAAAAUAAAUCCCUUUGAAUAUCUGGAAAGAAUCCCGAAAGAAUCCUGGAAGAGAUAUUUGAAUGAAUUUUGGAGGAAUCCCUGAAGGAAUCUCAAGAGAAAUCCCAAAAGAAAUCAUUGAGGAACAAGGAAUGAGGAAUUCUAAAUAAAAUAAACUGGGAUAGGAAUCCCGGGAGAUAUCCUUAAAGGCAUAAUAAUAUCUAAAGAAAACUAGGGAAGCAUAAAUGAAGGAAUAUUGGAAAUACUGUCUAGAGGAAUCUCAGAGAAUAUCGCUGUACAAAUCCCGAGGAGAAAUGUUGCAUCGGGAGAAAUAAAUGAAGGAAUUCCGAGAGGAAUCUCUGAAAGAAUUCAGGGAGGAAUGCCUGAUGGCAUCUCUGGAGUAAUCUCUGAAAAAGUCUCUGAAAGAAAGGCAGAGAGGAAGUCCGGGAGGAAUCCAUAGAAGAAUCCUGAGUGUACACCCGACGUACAUCCGACUAAUGAGUGAAGUCACGCAAAUCGAAUUAGUCAUUAAUGUGUCAAAGAUAAAGUACAUAAUGACAAAGGGCACCAAGGAUGAUGCACAGCGCCCGCCACCUCGAACGUUUAUCGACGGUUGAAGAAUUCGUGUAUUUGAGCUUAGUGGUAUCCGCCGACAACAACACCAGUAGAGAAAUUCACAGACGCAUUGAGGCAGGAAAUCGAGCUUACUUUUGACUCCGCAGAACUCAACGAGCGAAUAAAGCUCAUCGUCACACGAAGUUAACUAUCUACAAAACGCUGAUUAGACCGGUAGUUUUCAGGGGCCAGAAGCAUGGAUCCAACGUGCACAGGACCAACGCGCCCUUGGAGUUUUCAAACGGAAAGUGCUGCGUACCAUUUACGGCGGAAUGCAGAUGGAAGACGGGAUUUGGAAAAGGCGAAUGAAUCACGAGCUGCAUCAGCUGCUAAGUGAGCCAUCUAUCGUCCACACCGCGAAAAUCGGGAGGCUACGGUCGUCGGGUAACGUCAUCAGGAUGUCGGAUAGCAACCCGACUAAAAUGGUUCUCAAGUGUCAUCCAACCGGUACAAGAAGACGCGAUACACAGCGAGCUAGGAGGGUCGAUCAAGUGGCCAGCAGAGGCCACUCAGGCCAUAGUCCGACCGGUAAGGUAAGUAAGCCUGUGGAAGGCCUUGUAGGUAGCCUACAAGGUACUGGCGUGGAGCCUCGUAGCCGUGCGGUUAGGGUCACCAAGCUUCUAAUCGCACCAUGCUAUGGGGUGAGGGUUCGAUUCCCGCUCCGGGCGAUGAAACUUUUCGUGAGGAUAGUUUCUUCUCCGUAUCUACUGGUGCAUGCUCUGUGUGUCCGUUGUCUAGUGUUAAGUUCCAUUCAUUCCAUACUAUACCAUACUUUAUCACGGGCUCCAAACGUACCAGGCUUCCACAACGACAAAUGCAUACCAGGGAGUCUUCUGCGUGACCAACAGUCCGAUAGAAUUCCCCUUCCGGAGGCCGAACUGGUUGCAUGAGAGACCAUAUACAUCUAUACCCUCAGUAUACCGCAACAGUUUGUUGAGGAUAACCCUCUUGAGCACCUUUUCCGACGUGUCGAGCAUCUAUAUUCGUCUAUGCAAUCAUUUCUGCAUAGCAGAUCUGAACAUUUCGGGAGUCUCGGCAAUGGCUACUAAAGGUUUUGAAUUCCAUCUGGCCUAACCUACGCACGGCAACACUGCUGCUAAGUACAAAAGUGCGGUUCGUAUCGGUUCGAUUAAAUUAUAAAAUUAGCAGCGAAAAGUGAUUUUAUAAUUCGCGAGUGAUUAGUGCACGUAGUUUACGAGUGCCAAGAAUUACAUUUUUGUACGUAGGACGGUGGACGUUGCGUGAAAAAAUUAAAUUUAUUAGUUUUAACUCCUAGUGAAAAUUUGUGAUCCGGGAGAAAACAAUAAUAGAUCUCAGUGCGUGAGAUAAAUAAAUGCAUGAAUGAGAUCUCGCAUGCAAGUUCGGUUCCCCUCCAAAAUAGAGGGAACAAAAAGUGCUUAAAAAUCAAAUGUGUGGUGAUGGCUAGUGUCGUUCGCAUAUGCGUAUGUGAAAAGAAUAGCCGACAUCCACAAUCUACAGCCUAUACGGCAACUUGUGCAUCAAAAAACCACCGGAUCGCAAAUUAAUUGCAAACGGUUAUAUUUGGAUGCAUUCAAAUACUCCUUUGUUUUGGCUUGCGAACUGUGAAGUGAGUCUAUUAUGGGCAAGUGAGAUGCAAACACUCACAAUAUUGCUGGCGUUUUCAACACCGUAAAGGUAGUGCACAAUGACUAAGGUAGGGGUGACUGGGGACAAAUGCUCCUACAUCAGUAAGUAAAGAUAUUAAAAGUUUUUAUUUAUUUUUAUUGUGUAUACGUUUUUUUUUAUUUUCUUGACACUACAAUUCAAUUAAAUAUAUUCUAAUUAUUCUAUACUUUUUUGUUUCAUAUAUUUAUUAUUAAUAUUUUUAUUUAUUUAUUUAUUUAAAUUUUAUUGUGUGUGUGUGUGUGUGUGUGUGUGUGUGUGUGUGUGUGUGUGUGUGUGUGUGUGUGUGUGUGUGUGUGUGUGUGUGUGUGUGUGUGUGUGUGUGUGUGUGUGUGUGUGUGUGUGUGUGUGUGUGUGUGUGUGUGUGUGUGUGUGUGUGUGUGUGUGUGUGUGUGUGUGUGUGUGUGUGUGUGUGUGUGUGUGUGUGUGUGUGUGUGUAUUAUCUUUUUAAGUUAAUAUAGUAGCAAAAGACCAAAGCAAAGGGCUAAAGUAACUCUAAAAACCUACAAGAAACUAGUGAUAUCGUGAUGAUCAUUGAUCAGUACGUAAAAAUCCUAGGAUUGAGUGGAGUUAAGAGGACAGAGAACCCUAUUAUGCUUGGCCAGACUACAAGUUCUGUUGAUCUUACGUGUAAAAAUCAACAAUUAUUGGAUCCUAACGAUCAAAAUGCAAACUAAAAAUUUACGGUUCAUCCAAGUAAAUCUUCAUCACGCAAAGGGAGCAACAGCUGUACUUUGCAAAAGAUUUGCUGAGAGUAAACUGGAUAUAGCUUUUAUCCAGGAACCAUGGACGAACAAUUGUAGGAUAAUGGGAAUCCAUACAGAUUCCUCCAAAUUAAUAUAUAAAGUAGGGCAGUUACCACCAAGAUCUGCAAUUUUAGUGAAUGGGACUGUGAAUGCAGUUCCAAUUACACAAUUUAUUAAUCGUGACAUUGUUGCAAUUAUGAUGGAAGUACCAACAAUCCACGGGAAAACGGAAAUUUGUGUAGCUUCGGCAUACUUUCCGGGAGAUGUGGAUGAUGUACCCCCACCAGAAGUAGCAGCUUUUGUCUCUUAUUGCAGAAAGCUAAAUAAAGCUUUCAUCAUUGGUUGUGAUGCAAAUGCUCAUCAUACGAUAUGGGCUAGCACAGACAUUAAUAGUAGGGGAGAACACCUCUUAGAUUUCAUUUCAAGAAAUGAAAUCGAUUUAUGUAACAGAGGCGAUAAACCUACCUUUACAAAUGCUAUUAGGCAGGAAGUUUUGGAUUUGACAUUGUGUAGCCCUACACUCUCGGAAAAAAUCAAAAAUUGGCAUGUGUCAGAUGAAAUUUCUUUAUCUGAUCACAAGCAUAUACUGUUUGAAUAUGAGGCUGGCUGUCAACUCAUAGAAACUACUAGAAAUCCCAGGAAGACUAACUGGGAUAUGUACACCUCAAAACUUUUAUCGGGAAUGGAUAACUUAAAUGCCAUUCAAAAUUCUCGUCAUGGGCUUGAAAAAAGCGCUUCGACAUUUUCGAGCAUAAUUAAACAGGCUUUUCAUGACAGUUGUGCACCAAAGAAACGCUCUUCAAAUAGAGAUGUUCCUUGGUGGAAUAGUUACUUGCAAAAACUGCGACAGAAAACCCGGAAGUUAUUUAACCGGGCUAAAAGAACACAACAGUGGGAACAAUACAAAGAGUCCCUCACAAUUUAUAACAGAGAAAUUCGAAGAUCGAAGAGGAUAAAUUGGAGGCACACAUGUGAAAACAUUGAAAGUACUCCGAUUGUUGCUAGAUUGCAAAAAGUCCUCGCUAAAGAUCAUUCUAUAGGUCUUGGAACUCUAAAAAAAGAAGAUGGUUCUUUUACAAAGAGCUCCGAAGAAAUCUUAGAAACAAUGAUGAAAACACACUUUCCCUGUUCCAUUGUUGCUUUCACUGAAGACCAGAAUACAUCUGUAUCGCAAACUGAGGCCAAUGAAACCAGGAGAUAUAUUCAUGAAGAUGAUGAAUCAACUGUGUUAGAAGGCACCAGGAGUGAUGCAUGCAUUCUGGGCGAUCAAAUUAUUACUGAACAAAAGGUUAAAUGGGCAAUUGAUUCCUUUGAACCCUUCAAAGCGCCGGGUAGGGAUGGAAUUUUUCCUGUACUACUCCAGAAGGGUAAAGAAAUCUUAGCACCUAUUUUAACCAAGUUGUUCCGAUUAAGCUUAUCACUAAGCCAUAUCCCUACAGCUUGGAGAGAAGUGCGAGUCACUUUUAUUCCAAAGGCAAAUAGGAAGGAUAAAUCAUCACCAAAAUCCUUCAGACCCAUAAGUUUAUCGUCCAUUAUGUUGAAAAUAAUGGAAAAAAUACUAGGCGAGUAUAUCAAAUCGUCAUAUUUAACAAAAAGCCCAUUGAGCCAAAAUCAAUUUGCAUAUCAAGAGGGCAAAUCUUCGGUAAUAGCACUUCAUAAGCUGGUUACAAAAUUGGAAAGAUCCUUUGAAGCAAAGGAGAUUUCACUUGCUACGUUUCUUGAUAUUGAAGGAGCGUUCGAUAACACAUCUUACGAUUCAAUGAGGAAUGCUAUGUCAAGACGUGGUUUUGAUAGAUGCAUUGUUGAUUGGAUUGGAGAAAUGUUAUCAAAAAGAGAGAUAUCAUCUAACCUUGGCAACUCAUUUAUUACCGUUAGAGCAGUAAAAGGGUGCCCACAAGGAGGCGUACUAUCACCUCUAUUGUGGUCUUUGAUAGUUGAUGAUCUUCUAAAAAAACUGGAAGCACAGGGCUUCGAAAUAAUUGGCUUCGCUGAUGACAUAGUCAUAGUAGUUCGUGGUAAAUAUGACAAUGUUAUCACUAACAGAAUGCAAACUGCCUUAAAUUUAGUCUCCUCGUGGUGCGAUAAGGAAGGAUUGAACAUAAAUCCUUCUAAAACCACGAUCGUACCAUUUACACGACGGAGAAAAAUAGCAAUUACUAACUUAAAACUGAAAGGAACUCUUUUGGAACUUUCAAAUACCGUCAAGUAUCUUGGAGUUUAUCUUGACAGCAAACUAAAUUGGAAUUUACAUCUUGAGCAUGUAGUUGGUAAAGCUACAAGUGCUCUAUGGAUCAGUAAAAAGACUUUUGGUAAAAAGUGGGGAUUGAAACCGAAAAUGAUCCACUGGAUUUAUUCGGCAAUUGUGAGACCCAGAGUUACCUAUGCGUCACUGGUCUGGUGGCCUAAAACAAAUGAAAGGUUAGCACAGAAGAAACUAGAAAAACUUCAAAGAUUAGCUACUCUUUCAAUUACUGGUGCAAUGCGAAGUACACCGUCUAAAGCGCUUGACACUUUACUUCACCUACUUCCGCUGCAUCAAUUUGUUCAAUCAGAAGCUGCAAAGAGUGCAUUGAAGCUCAAAAGAACUACACAACUCUUUGAUGGUGACCUGAGAGGGCAUCUUAGUAUUCUGAAAACAAUUAGUAUCGGCUCUCUCGUCGUAAAUAAUAGUGAUUGGAUGAGCAAAAGAUACAAUUUUGAACGCACUUUUGAAGUGAUUAAUCCAGGGCGAAAUCUGUGGACAAAUGGUGGCCCAGAACUACACCCAGGAUCAAUCGUAUUUUACACUGAUGGUUCAAAAUUGAACGAUCAAGUAGGGGCAGGCGUGACUGGCCCCGGGAUUAACAUAUCAAUUCCUAUGGGCAAAUGGCCUACAGUUUUUCAAGCUGAAGUCCAGGCGAUUUUGGAAUGCAGUAAUAUUUGCUUACGCAGAAACUACAGACAUUCAACAAUUUGCAUGAUGUCUGAUAGCCAAGCAGCUCUAAAUGCUUUGAAAUCAGCAACAUGCUCUUCUAAACUUGUAUGGGAGUGUAUUCAGUCACUUCAACAGUUAGCUUGCCGUAAUCAGGUGAAGCUAUUUUGGGUUCCAGGGCACUGUGGAAUUGAAGGAAAUGAACAAGCCGAUAUGUUAGCAAGGCUUGGAUCGUCUCAUCAAUUCAUAGGGCCUGAACCAUUUUGUGGUGUGUCUGGUUGUUUUCUCAGAAUGGAGUUUAAAGCAUGGGAACAUGAGAAAAUAAAAUCCAACUGGGGAAACACCACUAUUGCGAGGCAGUCGAAACGUUUCAUAAAGCCGGACGUUUCAAGUACUCGUAAAAUUCUAGAACUUUCUAAAAAAGAUCUUAGUUCUUUUACUGGCCUUCUAACAGGUCAUUGUCCGAGCCGGUAUCAUCUGAAGCUAAUUGGAAAACUUCAAGAUGAUGUAUGUCGCUUUUGCGGCAUAGAUACAGAAGACUCGGAGCAUUUGUUGUGCCGUUGCCCGGCAAUUGCAGCUAAAAGAAUUAGGUUCUUCGACAAGGGGCUGAUAGAACCCCUUGAUGUCUGGAGAACAAACGCCAAUGCGGUAGUACAGUUCAUCCGAACUGUGGCACCGUGUUGGGAUCAUGCUUACAGUCAAGGUUUGAUUAUUGCUAACUCCAAUGGUGAUACGUCAACUUGACAUAGCUAAACAAAACUGGGGCAUUUGUCACAAUAGAUCUAAAAACAGGUCGCAGUGACUUAUAUACCCAACAA